AUGAUUAUGUAAGAUUCCACAAUAUUUGAUGGAACUCUAAGAGAGAACAUUGACCCUUUAAAUUAAAGAACAGAUGAGGAAAUUAUCAAUGUGUUGGAGCAAUGUUGUUUGAAGGAUUUGGUAAAGCAGAGGAAUGGAUUAAAUACUUAAAUUAGUGAAGGAGGUGACAAUUUGAGUUCUGGAGAAAAAUAGCUAAUUUGCAUAGCCAGGGCAGUUUUGAAAAAGAGUAAGGUGGUUUUAAUUGAUGAAGCCACUGCCAAUAUAGAUGUUGAGACUGAACACAAGAUAUAAGAGACAAUCUUGAAUGCAUUUCGUGAUUGCACUGUUAUCACAAUUGCUCAUAGAAUAAAUACUAUUUUGCAUUGCGAUAAAAUAAUUGUAGUUGAUUAAGGGGAAAUAAAGGAGUAUGGCAAGACCAAUGAAUUAUUGUUGUUAAAGGAUUCCAUUUUCUAUGGAAUUUAUCAAGAAGCUUUGAGACAUAAUAAAAAAUGA